AUGUCGGAUUUCAACUCAACCAAGGUCACCAACCCCUCCACCUUCAUCCUGCAGGGCAUUCCGGGCCUGGAGACAGCUCAUGUCUGGAUCGCCAUCCCCUUCUGCACCAUGUACAUUGUAACCCUCUUCGGGAACUUCACCAUCCUGUCUAUCGUGAAGAUGGAGUUGAGCAUUCAUGGGCCCAUGUACUAUUUCCUCUGCAUGCUGGCCAUGACUGACCUGGGUCUGUCCACAUCCAUCGUACCCAAAGCACUGAGCAUCUUCUGGUUCAAUUCCAGGGAGAUCAAUUUCAGUGCCUGCCUCACCCAGAUGUUCUUCAUUCACUGCUUCAUAACAAUAGAGUCUGGAAUCCUUGUGGCCAUGGCUGUGGAUCGCUACGUGGCCAUCUGCCAUCCCCUGAGACACUCCACCCUCUUGACAAACGCUACAGUAACCAAAAUUGCCCUGGCCAUGGUGCUGCGUGGGGCCUUGAUCACAUUGGCUGUGGUCAUACUGCGGAACUAA